AUGAAUCAGAAUGCAGUGACCUAUAAUGAUGUGCAUGUCAACAUCACUCAGGAAGAGUGGGCAUUGAUGGAUCCUUCACAGAAGAAUCUCUACAAAGAUGUGAUGCUGGAGACCUAUAUGAACCUCAUUGCUAUAGGCAUAAAAGAAGUCAUACUACAGAGAAAGCACGUGAAUAUACUGAGUGUGGUAAAGUCUUUGUAUGUCACAGUCAUCCUCAAAGGCAUGAACGACCACUUACAGGAGAGAAAUCCUGUGAAUAUAAUCAAUGUGGUAAAGCCUUUGCACAGCACAAAUAUCUUAAAGUACAUAAUAGAGCACAUACUGGAGAGAAACCCUAUGAAUGUAAACAAUGUGGUAAAGCC